AUGGCCAUUACGCCGACCCAGUUUGCUAAGAAGACGGCGCAGUCGGCCAAUUGGUCUGAUGCCAAGCGACGAGUGUUAUCCUCCUACCGAGAAUGGAUUCGAGCUGCCCCCGAAGUUCAAACCAUGUACAACAUGCCCAUGCCCGUCUCUGCCAUCCGAACCCGUAUGCGGCAAGAAUUCGAACGACAACGAUUUGUGAAUAAGCUCUCUGUUGUGGACGUUCUUCUCUUCAAGUCCCACGCCGAGUACCAGGAGACAAUGAACUUCUGGAAGCAGACCAAUCAUAUCAUGGCCUACUUCAAGGAGGAGAACUUCCGAGGUGACAAGCGACUACCAUCCAGCUUUAUGACUGGCUUCCUCGAGGGUCGCAACUAG